CCCCACCUCUCUUCCCGGACCACCUCACCCCUACACGAAGCUUGCAUGGGGGGUAACGCUGACGUUGUGAAGAUCAUGAUCACUAAAGGUGCCAGUCUGGAGGCAUAUGACCUGUACUAUGGGACCCCACUGCAUGUGGCAUGUGCCAACGACCACACGCCUGCUGUCAAGGCGCUACUCAACGCAGGUGCCAAAGUGAAUUAUGCUCGGCUGCACAAGACGGCCCUGCACCAUGCUGCUAAAGUGAAGAGUGUUGACAUGAUCGACAUGCUGGUGGAGUUUGGGGCGAACAUCUACGCCAAAGACAAAAACGAUAAGAAGCCCAUUGACUACAUCGAACCCGGUUCUCCCGCUGCACUCUGCUUAGAGUUUUAUGAAAGUACUCCAUUGAGUCUGCAGCAGCUGAGCAGAGUGACCCUGAGGACGAUGCUGGGUAGCAGAGCUCUGGAGGUCGUAGUUCAACUGGACAUACCAAAGCAAAUCAUUAGCUUCCUCUGUUACCACUGACACCAUUAUCUUACUAAGGUGAAGGAAGGAAGCUCAGAGACUGAAACCUUUCAAAAAACAUCACAAUUAUGAAAAUGCUACAGUCUGAACCUUAGAUGCCACUAGAUUAGAUGCAUAAAAAUGAUAUGCAUACAGCAAAGCACAGGUUUCCAAACCAACAGUGUUUUUAAGCGGAGCACUUUUCUCUUUGAUGUCUUCAGAAUGUGUGCCAUAUCAUCACAUUAGAUACAUAUUUAAAGAACAGAAGCAUAAGGAGGUUUUAAUGGGGACUUUUUACAUACAGUUUAUUCCUUGAACUCCCAUAUCUUGUAAACCUACAUAAAAGACAAAUGGAGGCCCUCAGGGAAAACAAGGAAGGGGGAGAGAGGAGAAAAUAAAUGGACGAGAGGAAGUGAUUUUGGCAGCUGAUCCUGUCCACUCUGCAACACCGUCUGUGGACACUACACCCGCAUCUUAGUCGCCAUGACAAUGCGACAACAACACAACUGUUAGCAACACAUCCCAGAUCUCCGGUACAUCCUCAGGAAUGAGAAACGGUGUUGCAGCAGGAGGAUYAGCGGCGUUCCCGUUGACACUCUCCAGAUGUCAAUGUGUAUCCCAGAUUCCUCCCUGACAUCGGAACGGAAACCACACCUGACAACUAGAUGUGUUUGAGGCGGACGUGGAAUCCAGGCAACAGAGAAACACCAUGGAAAACGAUCCUGCUUUUUUACUGUUAGUGUCUCUGAUCUAUUGCAUCCGCUAUAGCUGAGACGUCCCAGGCCUGAAUAUGGUGUCUGUUUUUGGGGUGUGUGAUGAGUGUGUAUGGAUUCCUCAGAGUUACACAAUGACUCUGGUCACUAUAUUAAUACUGUUAUUAUUUGACAUAACCCGUCUUAAUAAUGGGAACAGAGGAAUAUGUCUUAUCAACAUGAUGUCUAGUAAGGCAAGGUGCAUUAAUCACAAAGUGUGUUUAUAAAAUAUUAUGACCUAUUUAAUCUUUCCCCACUGGCCACACUACCUCAUUUCAGUGUGGAUAAUUGGGUAAUAUUUGGUUGAGAUGUUAAUCAAUGAGAUUACAACCUAUAUUAACCCAUUCAAAUUAAAUUCCAAUAGAAAAAAGUUGUCACCCAAAUAUUUAUCACUGCGCUUUCAACAUUUUUAAAGCACAGCAAAGCUCAAAUGGGAAUACAAUGUCAGCUAUUGAUAAAUCACUGUGCUUAAUCUAAUAGCAGAACCAAAUAACCUGGAUUUCAGUUGAGAUUACAUUAAAACUACAUGGGUGCAAGAGAUCAAUGCCA